GAGUGUGGAAAAAACUUAUGUGACUACUCAGCCCUUCUUGAUCAUCAGAGAAUCCACACCGGGGAGAGGCCCUAUGAAUGCUGUGAGUGUGGGAAAACCUUCACUCAAAGAUCAGCCCUUUCUGUUCAUCAGAGAAUCCACACGGGGGAAAGGCCCUACGAAUGCUGUGAGUGUGGGAAAAGCUUCACUCACAGAUCAGCCCUUUCUGUUCAUCAGAGAAUCCACACAGGGGACAGGCCCUACAAAUGCAGUGAUUGUGGGAAAACCUUCACUCAAAGAGCAGCCCUUUCUGUUCAUCAGAGAAUCCACACGGGGGAAAGGCCCUACGAAUGCCAUGAGUGUGGGAAAACCUUCAAUCGCAGCUCAAACCUUUCUGAACAUCAGAGAAUCCACACAGGUGACAGACACAGGCCCUAUGAAUGCUGUGAGUGUGGGAAAACCUUCACUCAAAGAUCAGCCCUUUCUGUUCAUCAGAGAAUCCACACGGGGGAAAGACCCUACGAAUGCUGUGAGUGUGGGAAAAGCUUCACUCACAGAUCAGCCCUUUCUGUUCAUCAGCGAAUCCACACAGGGGACAGGCCCUACAAAUGCAGUGAGUGUGGGAAAACCUUCACUAAAAGAGCAGCCCUUUCUGUUCAUCAGAGAAUCCACACGGGGGAAAGGCCCUACGAAUGCCAUGAGUGUGGGAAAACCUUCAAUCGCAGCUCAAACCUUUCUGAACAUCAGAGAAUCCACACAGGUGACAGACACAGGCCCUAUGAAUGCUGUGAGUGUGGGAAAACCUUCACUCAAAGAUCAGCCCUUUCUGUUCAUCAGAGAAUCCACACGGGGGAAAGGCCCUACGAAUGCUGUGAGUGUGGGAAAAGCUUCACUCAAAGAGCAGCCCUUUCUGUUCAUCAGAGAAUCCACACGGGGGAAAUGCCCUACAAAUGCAGUGAGUGUGGGAAAACCUUCACUCAAAGAGCAGCCCUUUCUGUUCAUCAGAGAAUCCACACGGGGGAAAGGCCCUACGAAUGCCAUGAGUGUGGGAAAACCUUCAAUCGCAGCUCAAACCUUUCUGAACAUCAGAGAAUCCACACAGGGGACAGGCCCUACAAAUGCAGUGAGUGUGGGAAAACCUUCACUAGCAGCUCAGCCCUUUCUAUUCAUCAGAGAAUCCACACAGAGAAGAGGCCCUAUGAAUGCAGUGAGUGUGGGAAAACCUUCACUCAAAGAGCAGCCCUUUCUGUUCAUCAGAGAAUCCACACAGGGGAGAGGCCCUAUGAAUGCCGUGAGUGUGGGAAAAACUUCACUCAAAGAUCAACCCUUUCUAGACAUCAGAGAAUCCACACAGGGGAGAGGCCCUACGAAUGCCGUGAGUGUGGGAAAAACUUCACUAGCAGCUCAGCCCUUUCUAAACAUCAGAGAAUCCACACCGGGGAAAGGCCC